AUGACGGCGCAAAUCCUCUCCAUGCAACCAGCCCACCCGUCCGACUUGGGCACCAUCCAGACGCAAUUGGGAGACAAAAUGGACACCACUACGGGUGCCAAUGAGCCGCACACGCCUGCCUCGCCCGACAGCGGCGACGCGCGCGGGCGCAGGCGCGACAGGGACGACGACGACGGCGACGACGGCGAAGGGGGUGAUGGCCAUGAGCACGGCUCCUCGAGGAAGAGGCGGAGGAGCAGGAAGGGGCUCGACAAGAAGUUUGAAUGCCCGCACGAGGGCUGCGGGAAGAGCUACUCGAGAGCGGAGCACUUGUACCGUCACCAACUGAAUCACAACCCCAAACAAAUCUACCAUUGCGACUUCACCGACUGUCGCCGGUCCUUUGUGCGUCAGGACCUUUGCGCGCGACACAAGGAGAGACAUACGGCAAGAGGCUCCCAACUGCUGCGCAAAGACACCUUCAACAUGCACAAUUUGAACCCCAUUGUCACAGCAGCGUUGGGAGGAAAGAAUCCUGUACAGCCCUCCCAGCCAAUUACUAUCAAAAAUCAGAAGCCCAUGCCCUCUCCCGGCUCGACAGCGUCCAACAAUGGCCCGGGCAAUCAAAUGUCACCACCAAGCUUCCAGUCGCCAGCUACAACGGCGACCAUGAGUCGGCAGGACUCGUUACAGAGGACUGGCAGCGAAGACACCUAUCGCAGCAAUUCCGAGGCUAAGCCUUAUGACAUGCAGGCCCAGAGUACCGGGAAUUUUGCACCCCCACCCCGUCCAGCCCCAAUGAGUAAUUAUAGUGGAGGUCGAAACUCUCUCCACAACUCCCCACACAUAGCCAACGGAAACUUUCAACGCCCCGAGCUGCACACACAGACGUCAAGCAUGUCAUCCUAUGGCUCCAGCUCACCUUACCCAUCUACCGUCACCCCGUCACAGUCGUUUCCGCCUUCUGCAACAUCGACGACGUACCAGUCUCCAGCUAGUGGGUUUCAAUCGCAGCAAAACUUUCCUCCUUUUUCUUCCUUACCCCCGCCAGAAUAUCCUCAGCCAGCGGGCGUGCCAGUAGCCAGAGGCCAAGAAAAUCAGUUUCAGAAUGGCAGCGGACAGACGCCGAUGAAUGGUGUCGAGUCCACAGCACAAAUGGACAACCGCAUGAACGCCGUGACCGAUGCCAUCAUGGACCAGAACCCAGCCUACGCCAUUCCCAUGUUUGGUGGCGAUGGCUAUAGCCGAUCCCCAUGUGCCAUGGCCGACGACUUUACAGCCUGGCUAUUCAACCCCAACCAAAACUACUUGAGUAUUGGAAGCGCUUCGCCCAUGAGUUACCCGGGCGAGGUGAACUCCGUAGCUGGUGCGUCAUCCCAAAUUGGACUACAAGCACCUUAUUUUAACUACGAUCCCUCAGUCGCCGGCUACUUGAGCAACCCAGCCCCGCCCGUGCAUCCCAUGGCUGUUCACAGCAUCUUGGAUACCUCCCUACCCGAGACUGCGCUCUCGGAAGAAAAGCGAAAAGAUUUGCUGGAUCUGAUCGUUGAACGCUUCAAUGAGACUGACCAUGCGCCUGUCAAGAAACACAAGGAAGACAUAUUGGAUGGCGACAAGGACAGUAGUCAUCACGUGCUGAGUUUGCACAUGAUGCAGACGUACAUCAGCUCGUACUGGGUGCACUUCCAUCCGCAGCUUCCGAUUCUACACAAGCCGACAUUCAAUGCCAGUACAUGUCCGGAUCUGCUACUAUUGGCCAUCAUGUGUCUGGGAGCAUCUUGUUUGGAGAAGAAUUAUGGUCACGAAACGACACAGGCUUGUGCGCAACUCUCAAGCUUCCUCGCUUGGCACCUGCGCUGGGAGCUCUUCAUGGACGCCGACUUCCGGCCGCCAGCCAAGCUCUGGAUUUUCCAGAGCUUGUUGCUGCUCGAAGCGUUUGAGAAGAUGUACUCUACUCGACCGUUGCAUGAGAGGGCACACAUUCACCACGCUACAACCCUGACUCUGAUGAGAAGAGGAAGCUCACUGAUUGGAAGAUCAGCCAUGGACUCACCGCCAAGCGUCAAGGACGGCAAGAGCAGCUCACUGGGUGGAGCAAAUACUCCGGAUGAGUGGUGGAACCACUGGAUCUCAAAUGAGGCCACUAGAAGAGCAGCCUUUGCGGCAUUCUUGAUGGACAGCAUCCACGCUACCAUGUUUGGACACAGCGCUGUCAUGGUCGCACAUGAGAUGCGCCUCCCACUGCCAUGCGACGAGGCGCUUUGGUCUGCUACCAGCAGCUCAGAAGUGGGUCGUGUGGAAGCAAGCUUGCAUUCGAACGGCAUCAAGCAAAUGUCAUUUCUAGAUGGCCUUAAGAAGACACUGAACGGCCAGACUGUGCGGACCAACUCGUUUGGCCGCACAAUUCUCAUGGCUGGUCUGUUGAGCGUGUCCUGGCAUAUGAACCAGCGGGAUCUCCAGGUCAGCUCCCUUGGGGUAACACAGUCACUUGGUGGUCGCGACAAGUGGCGAGGGUCAUUGACUCGCGCCUUCGACUUUUGGAAGCAAGAUUUCGACAGUUCACUUGCGCGGCCAAAUGACAUGCCUGGGUCACAUGCGUAUUCCUCUUACUCGAAUGGAAUGGACGACGAAAAUGUCUUUGAAUCACGGACCGUCCUCCAUCAUCUAGCACACAUGGCCAUGCAUGUCGACAUUGUAGACUGCCAGAUUUACGCCGGUGCCUCCAGGCUCCUAGGCCGAUCUAUUACACCCCAGGACUACAAUGGCGCACAGCGACGAAUGAAAGAAGUCUGGGCCCCUACCGCCCGCGCCCGUGACGCAACCUUCUACGCCUUACGCUUCCUCUCCAAUGUCAUGGUAGCAGGCGACCACAGUCUCAACCCGUCCACGUCCACAUCUCCCACCGGUUCCGGCAUCUCCUACUCGGCGCGCGAUGACUACCUCCUAAACCGACCCUGGGUCCUCUACUUUGCAACGCUUGUUGUUUGGUGCUACGGCUUCGCGCUCGACGGGCCAAUCAAGCAGCCAUACCAUCUUGAUGAGUACGCGGACAAAAUUGCGGACAUGAGGGGAUAUCUCACGCGUGUGGGUGGCGUGCCUGCCCCGGAUGAUUUGAGCAAGAUUCCCGACCGCAAUGCGUGCCUGGGACUCCUGAUUGUCAUGCGCGACAUGUUCAAGAAGACGCGAUGGGAAUUGUUGCACGAGGCGAGUAAUUUGCUGACAAAGUGUAUUGACAUGUUGGUUCCUGGGGCGGGAAGCAUGUGA